AUGGACGCGGGCGUGCUCCCGCCGGAUGUCGUCCUCACGUUCGGCUGCGCGACGGACGAGCCGGCGACGCGCUUGCUUCGGGUGGACGCCCGCGGCGACCGGCUGGUGGAGGUGGACGCUCGGGGCCGCACGGUGCGGACGGUGGACGUCGCCGACGUCGUGAGCUUCGAGGCGCGCGCUAAGGACGACGACGAGGAUCGGUGGGACUUCGUGGACGAGUACGCCAGGUGGCUGGACGAGGACGACGUGCGCGAGUGGCGGAACACGGUCCUCGUCAACGUCGCCUCGGCAUCGGGUCGGCAUCGGAAGCGUGACGACGACGACGAGAACGACGACGGGGGGGAACGGGGGGAAGGGACCGCCGUCGUCACCGUGGAAUAUCGCAUGCGCUGCGAGAACGACUCGCGCGCGCUCGGACACGCGAUGCGACGGCUCUCCCGCGGCGCGUGGAACCCCGCCCUCGACGACGACCGCCUCCCCGAGUCCCUCGCGUCCCUCGACGCGCGAAUCUUAACCUCCGGCGUCCUCCUGCUCAGAAACAGCCCCCGCGAGCGCCCCGGAGCCCCCGAGCGCGCCGUCCGAUGCGGCGGCGGGUGGUCCAAGCGUCUCGCGGUCAUCACCGCGGGCGGACGCCUGUUCCUCAUGGAGGAGUGCGACGUCGGGGACGCAUCCGCGACGACGGUGUACGGCGCCGACGUCCGAGUCACGCACGCCGUCUCCCUCGACGAAACCGCCAUCGCCACCGUUCGAAGGGGCGCAGCGCCGGGCGAGUUCGACGUCGUCACGGGGGACGGACGCGUGAGGCUGGCGCUCGCGGCGCUGGACUCGGACCCGCGAGGCGCGGAGGGUUGGAUCGACGCGUUGAGGGAGGGCGGGAACGUUCGCGGUAAUCUUCGCGGGAAUACUCCCGGGAAUACUCGAGGGAAGGCGGGCGAGGACGGACGGACUCCGGCGUUUGGGGACGAGAACGAGCACGCGGGGACGAGCGCGCCGGGAGGACGAGCGCGGCGAUGGGCGGGACUCGACGCGGAGACGCGCGCGGCGCUCGCGGACGCGACGAGGACGGCGAUUGCGCUGAACCGCGCGCCUCAGACUCGAGGAGGACGUCCCGAGUCGAACGGGGUUCGGCAUCCUGGGGCGGGCGGCUCCGGCGUCGACGGGGACGUGUUGGUGCUCGACCGGUACUGGCGCUCGGUGGAGCUCGGCCUGACCGCGCACUUCCUGUUCAGCUUCACCGUCGACGCCGUGCGGGGCCCGGCGGGAAGGGAGACGAGAUCUGCGGUGACGCUGAGGGUGGACGUGGAAGGGAACGCGAUUGAGGGCUACGCGGCGCGGCGGUGUCGGAGCACCGGCGAACUUCGGCAGACGCUGGUUCGCGUCCUGGACGCGACGGACGUGGAGACGAAGCCGCCGGAGGGACCGCGCGGCGUCGUCGUUCGACUCGUGUCCCGGGGCUUUCGCUCGACGCCCGCCGGGACGGAGCUCGGGAGGUUCGAGUUUCAAUCCGCCGCAGACGCCGGCGUGUUUGAAUCGCUCCUUCGCGACGUUCGAUCCGGGGCGUAUCAGUCGGCGGAACGGUACCAGGCGCGAACCGUGCUCAAACGCGGCUCGGAAGACGCGGGGGUGUCGUCGUCGGGAGACGGUGAACGACGACGAGGACGGCGGCACCCGCGUCGUCGUCCGAGGUACCUGGUCCUCGUUCCCGGGAAGUUGCUCGUGAUGGCGUCGAGCUCGGACCCGGUGCCGGUCGCGGCGGUGAGCCUCGCGGACCCGUCGGACGCUCGAGCCUCCGCGUCGUCGUCGUCUUCCGGGAGCGAAUCCCCCGCGACGCUCGAGGUUUCCGUGGGAUCCAGGCGGUUCUUGUUCGGCAUGUCGUCGCUCGCAGCGGCUGAGGAGUGGCGGCUCGCGAUUGAAGAGGCGACGAGGACGGGGCCCGACCCGACGGCGCCGCCGUCGCCGGCUCGGGAGGCGGCGGCGGCCGAUUCGCAUCCACGGGCUGCCGAUUCGCAUCCGCCGGUUCCUUCGCCGUCGAAGGGAAGGGAGGAGGAAGCAGAGGAGGCCCGGUUGCGAGCCGAGGCCGAGGCCAGGGAGGCGCGCGCGAGGGCCAAGGCUGCGGAGGAGGAAGCCUACGCGAAGGCCAGAGAAGAGGCGAAAAAGGCUGAAGCCGCCCUGCGGGAGAAGGUCGAGGCUGAGGCCAGAGAGGCCGAGGUUCGCGCCAAGGCUGAGGCCAAGGCUCGCGCUAAGGCUGAGGCCAAGGCUCGCGCUAAGGCUGAGGCCAGGGAGGCCGAAGCUCGCACUAAGGCUGAAGCUGAGGCUCGAGCUAAGGCUGAGGCCGAGGCUCGCGUCAAAGCCGAGGCCGAGGCUCGCGUCAAAGCCGAAGCCGAGGCUCGCAUCAAAGCCGAGGCUGAGGCUCGAGCUAAGGCUGAGGCCGACGCCGCCGAGGCUUUCGCCAAGGCGGAGAGGAGAGCCGCGAUUCGCCUCGAGGAGGAGAAGCGAGCCGAGGAAAUCCAACGCGAUCUCGACGCCGCCGAGGCUCGAAUCAUGGCCGAGGAACGCGUCAUGUUCCGGCAGAGGGAGCUCGCCGAGCGCGCCGCGGAGAUUGAGCGCGCCGAGCUCGGCGCCAUCGCGAAAGCCGACGAGCGUUACCGCGCCAUCAUCCGGUCCGAGCUGAGGGCCAACGCGAGGGCCAAGGCUGACCGGGAGAGGCGCGCGAGGGACGUCGCGAGGGGCGUGGACGCGCGGGAACGCGAGCGAGUCCGGAUGGAAAUCGCCGAGAGCGUCAACCGCGCCAAGCUGGAGGACGCCGAACGGGCCAAAGCCGAGGAAUCCGAGAGGCUCAGGGCCAGGAUCGAGGAGGAAGAAGUCGAGUACGCCGGAAAGGUCGAGGCUGAGCGACGAGAGACGGACCGGCGGAUGAACGCGAAGAACGCCGAGACGGUGGGCGCCGAGACCGAUGGCAUCGCCGGGAUCAAGGCCGAGGCUGUCGCCGCGGCUGCGAACGCGGCCAAGACGGAGGCUGAGGCGCGAGCCGAACGCGCGGCGGCGACGCGCAGGGCGGAAGCCGCGGAGGAGGCCAGGGCGGUGGCCGAGGCUGCGGCUCGUGAGGCGACGCGCCUGCGGGACGAGGCCGAGGCGCGCGCCCGCGCCGAGGCCGACGCCAGAGCGCGCAUGGAGCAGGAGUGGCGCCGCGAGAUGGAGGAGACCCGGCGUAGGCUUCGCGAGGAGGUGGAGGCGGAUGUCCUCGCGAGGAUCCAGGCGGAUGGUGCGAGGGUCAAGGAGGGUCAAGGAGGGUCAAGGAGGGUCGACGACGCCAGGGUGCACGAGCGCGUGAUCGAGGUCGUCAGGGCGGAGACCGAGGCUAGGACGCGCGCGGAGUACGCCGCGAAGGAGGCGGCGCGGCUCAGGGAGGAGGCGGAGGCGCGCGCCCGGGCGGAGGCUAUCGCUCGAGCCGCCGCCGAGGAGGAGGUGAGGAGCAUGCGAAUGGCGUCGUCGGCGGCGACGACCCCGGCGGCGACCCCCCGCGCCUCCUCGCUGACCGCGUCGGAGGAGCACAUCCGCCGUAAGAUACGCGAGGAGGUGGAGGCCGACGUGGUGGCCAGGCUUCGCGUCGGGGUGGAAUCAUCGUCGAUGGCGGCGGCGGCGCCGGAGAGAGCCGCGCGGGACACGCUCGAGGCGCGAAUCAAGGGGAAGGUUCAGAAGAUGCUGCUCCACGUCGAGGACGACGAGGACGACGAGGACGACAUCGACACCGACACUAAGAGGAGAAGGGACGAGGCCGCCGCCGCUGAGCUCGCCGCCGCCGUCAUGGCGUCCAUGGCGCCCGGGGGAGCCGGCGGUAGCGAGCGGUCGGCGGCUUCUCCGGAUCCGAGCCCGCUUCGAGAGUUUGAUCCGACGGAGCGGGUCCAACGGUGGAUCGAGAGCUCCGCCGCUCCGUCCCCGCCGGGGAGCACCGCACCCCGGGUGGUAUCGCCGCCGAUGAGCCCGCCGCCGCGGAUGCCGCGAGCGACGUCGGCCGGGCCCGUCGAGCCGCCCGCCCGGCCCGGCUCGCCUUCCUCCUCAUCGUCGUCGUCCUCCUCAUCGUCGUCGUCCUCCUCCUCAUCCGGCGACGACGACGGCACCCCCGACGACGGCACCCCCGACGACGGCACCCCCGACGACGGCACCCCCGACGGCACCCCCGCCCCGCCCCUCCCGCCGGACCCCCCGCCCCCGACGCCGGACCUCGGGUUCCUGGUCGCGUCGACGCUCUCCCGCGCGGGGGGCGGCGUUAAGGGUGCGCCGCGUCUUUCCGGGGCGGGAUCUCCCGGACCGCCCCCCGCCGCCCCCGCGACGCCCGAUCUCGGGCACCUCGUCGCCGAGGGACUGGAGAGGGGCGGCUCGGGGGUCGGUCGGGUGCCGAUCGAGUUCGAUGAGGAGGACGAGUCGGCGGCGGCGGCGGCGGCGGCGCUGGCGGCGAGGUUCGAGGAGGCUGCGGCGGAGGCGGCGGGUUCGGCGUCGGCGGCGGCGUCGUCGGCGGCGGCUCCCGCGCUCUCAGCCGGCGUGGACUGGCAGAAGGCGAGGCAGCUGAAGAGAACGUCUCUGCUGUCACGGGUGCACAGGGUGCCGCCGAAGGUUGAGGCACCCGCGCGCGCCGUCGCGCCCACCCCCGAGCCCGAGCCCGCGCCCGAGCCCGAAAUCACCCCGGCUGAGGAUCCUCCCAGCCCUCCAAAGCCGCCGCCGGCGACUGCGGCGAAGAAGAAGGAGACAGCCGCGCCACCGAAGAAGAAGGGGAUGCUCAAGUCCAUAUACAAGGCCAUGAUCCGAUCGGCGUUCAACAAGGACAAGGAGGCCAAGCCGAAGAAGAGACCGAACAUGUUCACCUCACCGAAGAAACCACCGCAAUGA